CGACGACUUAUGACACGACGCGUCGCUGAUCGCAAAGAGUCCCGCGCAUGCACUGGCCUACGGAGAUAAAGGCGGCUGCUGGCCCACCAAAACCCUCACUAAGCUAACCAACAGCAACACAUAGAUGCAUUCUGCAAGCUUUACUUUUGUCGCCCUGAGCUUACUGUGCGCAGUAACGAUGGCAUGGUCCAUGGCCUUGUCACCGGAGCAGAAGGACCGCCUCUCCAACACCCUAGAGCUCGGCGACGACGAUGGUAGCGUUGAAACAGCUUUGAUGAACUACCUGUUUGCCAAGCAAAUAGUCAGCAGGCUUCGCAACCAGCUCGACGUUACUGACCUGCAGCGUAAGCGCUCCUACUGGAAGCAAUGCGCCUUCAACGCCGUUUCUUGCUUUGGAUAACUCCACCCCUACCAAUAAUAAUAAAAAAUACAUAUAAUGCCAAUUAAUCGCGAAUUUGCAUUAUUUUAAAA